AGACGCCGACUUUGGGAAGAUCUGUUGCUCCCCCCCCACCACCACUUUCUGCUCCCCGAUUUGUUUCCCAGUCCUUUUUUUUGCCCCGCCAUGUCGCCAGCUCCGGCAGCCCAGGCUCCUGUGUCCGUGUCCCUGUUUGACCUCAACGCUGAUGCUCCGGUUCUUCAGGGCCUGAGCCUGGUGAGCCACGUUCCCGGCGAGGCGCUGGUGCAGGCUCUGCGGACUUCCGGUCCAGGUCCAGAGGAGAGAGUGAACCCAGAAAGAAAACCUCUGGAAAUUUCGGACAAGUUAUUCUGUUCAACCUGUCAGCAGUCCUUCCAGAACCAUCAGGAACAGAGGGAACAUUAUAAGCUUGACUGGCACCGGUUCAACCUGAAGCAGCGUCUCAAGGACAAGCCUUUUCUGUCUGCCGUGGACUUCGAACGGCAGAGUUCUGCAGGAGAACUUUCCAGCAUCUCAGGGUCAGAAGACUCCGACGACUCGACCAGUGAUGAGGACGACCAGACACUGGCAGAGGAGAAGGUUGAGCACGAGAAGCCCGGCCGGCCCCAAGGCUUUCAGCCACAUCAGCUUCUUUUCCAGAAUGCCCAGGGCCAGUUCCUUUCUGCCUAUCGCUGUGUCCUGGACCCUCGAAAGGCGCCCCCUGAGGAGGCAGAGAUGCUACUCCAGAACCUGCAGAGCGGGACUGCCAGGACCUGUGUGGUGCUGAUGGCAGCUGCCGGGCAUUUUGCCGGUGCCAUCUUCCAGGGAAGAGAAGUGGUGACACACAAAACCUUCCACCGCUACACGGUGCGGGCCAAACGGGGCACAGCCCAGAGCGUGCAGGAUGCCCGGGGCGGGGCCUGCCGCUCGGCUGGAGCCAGUCUGAGGCGCCACAAUGAAGCCGCGCUCUACCAGGACGUUCGGAACCUGCUGGCAGGGCCGGUCUGGGCUAAGGCACUGGGGGAGGCUGGGACAGUACUGCUUCGUGCCCCACGCUCAGGCCGGUCCUUGUUCUUCGGAGGACAUAGGGCACCCCUACAAAGGGGGGAUCCCCGACUCUGGGAUAUCCCCCUCACUACCCGCAGACCCACCUUCCGAGAGCUCCAGCGUGUGCUCCACAAACUGACCACCUUGCUGAUCCACGGUGAAGAUCCAUGGGAGUCAGCUGGGUCUGAAGGGACUCAGAGACACUGGAAGGCAGCGGUGGAGAGGAAGAAGGAUGUCCAGGGAGAAAGCCAAGUUCCCGGCGACAGCAACAUGGCCCCGCAGCAGCACAGGGAGGAUUCUGCCGAGCCAGGCUCGGGGUCAGAGGGAGAGGAUGACUGCCCAGUUGAAUUGGAGCUGGUCGAGUUGACGCUGGGAACCCUGGGCCUUCGGGAGUUUGAAGUGUUGCCCAAGCGGAGGCGAAGGAGGAGGAAUAAGAAGGAGAGGAGCCGAGACGUGGAGGCCGGGACUCCGCAUCUGCCCCUGCCUCCCCACGACAUGGACAUGGGGUCCCAGCCAGCUCCAGCACCAGUGGCAACAGGCCAGGGGCCUCCACUGGAAGACGCCAAGAGCCCCGGCCAGCCUGAGCGCUGGGCUGAGCUCCUAGCAGCUUGCCGGGCUGGGGACAUCGGGGUGCUGCGGCACCAGCUGACUGCCAGCCCCAUGGAGCCCGAAGUCCUGUCUCUGCUCAACACCCCCUUGGGCCCUGGGGGCUUCACCCUCCUGCAUGCAGCAGCUGCUGCAGGGAGGGGCGCUGUCGUCCGUCUGCUGCUGGAGGCCGGGGCCGACCCCACCAUGCUGGACUCCCAGGCCCGGCCGCCGUAUGUGGUGGCCGCGGACAAGUCCACGCGCAGCGAGUUCCGCCGGUUCAUGGAGCAGCAGCCGGAUGCCCACGAUUAUGGCAAGGCACAGGUGCCGGGGCCGCUGAGCGCGGCCAUGGAGGCGCGGCGGGCGGCUCGGAAGAAGGAGCAGCGGGCGGCCCGCCGGCAGCGCGAGCAGCAGCAGCGGCAGCAACAGGAGCAGGAGCGGCGGGAGCAGGAGGAGCGGGAGCGAUUCGCCGCCCUCAGCGACCGGGAGAAGAGAGCGUUGGCGGCCGAGCGCCGACUGGCUGCCCAGUUGGGAACCCCUAGCCCCGCGGUCCCUGAGUCCACAGUGAACAACGUCCGACGCUGCCAGAGCUGCGGCGCCUCCCUCCAAGGCCUGGUUCCCUUCCACUACCUGGACUUCUCCUUCUGCUCCACGCGCUGCCUCCGGGAGCAUCGCGGGCGGGCGGCGGCGUCCUGACCCGGGCCGAGGGGGACCCCCCACCCCGAGGGCGAAGGGCAAAGACAGGGCGCUGGAACUUGAAUCGCAAUAAAGGUCGGCCGGGAGA